AUGAAGGGGCAAUGAUACUUUAGUUAUGGCAGGGAUCACAAAACACAGGAGAUGCUGAGGUUGCAAUGCUAACAGGCAAUUUGCAGGGGGGAGGCUGGAAACAAAACAAGGAGCCUUGGAGAACAGCACAGACUAUGAAAUCAGCUGUGAACUGUCUUGUUCCAAUGUGGCAAUUUCACACAAACCUUCAUUUCUUUUCCUUUGCUCUCCCUCAGGUUCAGUGACAUGGUGUCUACUGCUCAGAACCGACAGACUUUCAUUAAGUCAGUCAUCAAAUUCCUGUGCCAAAAUCAGUUUGAUAGGCUGAAACUGGGUAUUGUGGAAGUCCACCUGAGGACAAGAAUCACUUUACUCUCUUGGUGAAGGUGGGGAACUCAGGAGACGCCUUUAGUCCUAGAAAAUUCUAAAUGUCUCCUCUCCACGGAGAAUUGGAUUCUUUUAGAGUAGACCAAACUGACAGAUUAUUACCACUACAUAGGUCCUGAAAUAUCAUUCAUUGAUUCAACAAGCAUGUGGAACACUUCCACACAUGCAGGUGUAGAACAAUGAUGUAAUUUCAUAUGUUGUCUAUACUGUGAGUUCCAGAGGCAUUAUAUGUUUAUGUUACAGGCAAAUAACUAAUAUACAAAAAGAGCAUUAGUAAAUUUGACAGAAUCACUAAUAUAAUGACAUCAUACAUAUCUCCAAGUUGUGUUUCCUUAUAGAAUUCAAGCCUCAUAACAAUUACAUCAGAAUAUGUACUGUAACUAAAUAGGUUAUACUCUAUGAUAGUUAAAGGGUGCAGGUUAAAGAUUAAACUAAAGCAGAAUCUUUUGCUUCAAAUUAUUCUCAUCUGAUGUAUAACACUGUAAACUAGGAAACAAUUGAAGACCAUCUUGUUAAUGGACAUGAGAGGGAUCAACGAGGUAGAAAAGAAACGCAAAAGUCAGAGUAACUGAUUUUGUGUGAGGAAGGAUUAGAGAUAUUUUCUGAGAAAGUGAUGCUUGAAUUUAGUCAGGGAAAACAAACGUUGUCAUCAAAUUAGAUAAUGAUGGGUCUGUAACAAUAACGUGACAGAAAUGAAUGAGCAAGUCACUUUGUGAGACAUGUGAGGUCAAAAGGAGGCAAUUUUUGAUCAUGUGGGAGCUUUAGUUUUAGAAGAAAUCUCAUGCAAGAACAUGGGGUACUUUGAGGAGCUGUAGUUAGAGGGGAACUAUGACAGAACUAGCUUUUUUGAAUAAUUAUUGUGAUACUAACUAAAAUAAUUAGAUUCAGCAGUGAAAGAUUCAACAGAAAGCUUUUGAAGUAACCUGUGAUCAGAUGUAAACAAUGGUUUUACAAUUGGGAAGGAGGGCAUGCAGACAGAGAGCAUAAAAAUUCAUGGAAAGAAGGGGUCAUUUUGUUUCAGAGAUGACAAAACAUCCCAAUUUUCAGACAUAAAGGACAGUAUCAGAAUACAUUACUUUCUUGAAAGUAAAAUACAAUAACAGUCAAUGUGUACUGAGAACAGAUUAUUUUCCCAUCAACAUAGUAAAUGUGAGAUAUGUACAUGAAAAUAUACAACGAAAGAAUGCUGGUAAUAGAUUUCAUACUUUAGGACCAGACUUGAUCUAAUGUUCUUACAUUUUCAUGCAGGCGUAAUCAUCAAACAAAAGUUAAAACAAAAAUAACCAAAGAUUGAUGAAGGUUUUUUAAAUGUAGUGUCUUCUAUGAUACUUGCAUAAAAAUUAAAACAAAACUAUUAUUAUCUGUAUAUGUAAUUUUUGACAGAUUUGUCUACAGAUGAUCUACAGAGCUACACUCAGCGGCAAAUUCUUUUCAGCAAGAUUCCUAUCAGUAUAUAUUUGCAAAACCUCGGUUGAGUUUCACUAUUACAUACCCAUUACAUGAUAGUUUCUGUUGAAUAGCUAUGGCAUGAAUGAUGGUAAGAAACAAACUUCUCUAGAAAAUUUGCAAUUUCCAGGCAUAGUUUCUAGGUAAUUUCUCUUCAACAGCACAAAACUUAAAGAAACAAUGCUGAAUUUUAUGCAAUUAAUAUUUGCACACAGCUAAACAAUUUUCUUAUUAUGCUUCUUUCACCAGUAAAAUUAUCUUGUCAUUUGACCCACUUGCCACAUGUCAAAUUCUGGAAGCAUUCAUUAGAAACAAUUUCUAGAAAACACAAAAAGAGGGAUGAGAGAUAACCCAAGGAUUGUAGAUUUGAACAGAGUUCCACUGAGUCUAGGCAGAUUAAAAUAAGGGCAGAAUUUGGCCUGUUAUACAGUUCUUACCACAGCCCAACUUUAUCAGGUAACUAUGUCAUUAGACAGGAUGUUAAGUCUCUGAGGUAGUUCAACCAAUCAGCAAUACAGCACCUGUCCAUAGCACUCCAAGAGGAUGCAGAGCACCGUUGAGAAGCAAUUCCAGACAUUAAAAACAAUAAGAGCUCUAGCCAAAUAUUAGGGCCUGGAUACUGACCACUAAAUGUUUGACUUGGAGAUAUUUUUAAAUGUCGAUACAUAUGAGGGAUCCAUGUAUUUAGUAAUAGCAUCUAAUCUCCUGAAUUUGUUGAGGUGAUAAUGCAUACUAAACUAAGAGAAAAUAAGAGAGUGUGUUGAAAUUAAUUUAUCUAUAUUCUUUUAUUGUGAAAAGAUCUGAAAAACGUGAAAGGGUGAUGUUUGUCUGAUUUCUUUCUCAGCCACUUUAUCAUCUGUAUAUAAUAGGGCCACUGAUUUUUGAGUUUACCUUGUAUCCUGCCACUUUUAUGAAAGUGUUUAUCAGCUCUAGGAUUUCCCUUGCAGAGUUUUUAGGUCACUUAUACAAACUAUCGUAUCAUCUGCAAAUAGUGAAAGCUUGAUCUUGAUGGCUGUACUGGUGGAAACAGUCCCCUCUACAAUGAUCCACCUGACCACGGCAUUAGUGACUACCUCAAUGUGGUAAGACCCUGAACAACUUCAAAUGAAAAUAGGAAAUGUCUAAUAUCUUGGGGGAGUCAAGUCCAAAAUAAACAAAAGGUUACCAGUCUUCUUAUGCUACUUAGCAAAUCUGAAAAUCUAAGUCAACAAUAUACUUUGGAAAACCAAUCUACUUAAUUUUUCAUUAGAUGACACAUUUUUGAACUGUCAGAGCAUCAAGUAACCUAAGUAAGCACAGAUCACCACCUGUUUUGAUUGCACAACUAACCUUCUGCUACUGCAGGCAGACAUCAUGAACUAUUGGAAAAACCAUGGAGCUGAUCCAGAGAAGGUCAUUGUUGGAUUCCCAGCCUAUGGACACACCUACACUCUGAGUGACCCCUCUAACAAUGGAAUUGGUGCCCCUACCAUUGGUGCUGGCCCUCCAGGGAAAUACACAAGUAAAACAGGACUAUGGGCUUACUAUGAGGCCCACUCCCUCAAGCAGAAUAACUUUGGUGAUGCCAUGGUCUGGCUGCUGGACAUCGACGAUUUCACAGGUUCUUUCUGUAAACAUUUAAACUUUCUUCUGACCACUACCUUAAAGGACAAUCUCAAUGACCAGAGUCAAAGUUGUAAGGCUUCUGACCGUGAAGAGCUUUAGCCUGUAAUUGCUCUUCAAAUCAUGAGAAUAAAUACAAGAUCUGCAGCUCUGGGUCAGUGGUUUCUAUACCAGCAUCUCAUUGAAAAUAACAUCAGUACUUUAGGUCCUUCCUGAACAGAAUCACACACCAGCACAACUGUCAUGUGGGUCUUCUUCUCAACACCAGCUGUGAGGCUACGAAGCAUUGUCUUUACCUGUCAUCUUGUACAAUCUCUGAACAUUCUCCUGAAUUAUGUUAAGACCAAAUAUUUCCUGCUUAGUUUUUGAAAAUAAAGUUCACUCUGCA